CAGCAAACCCUUCAUUUUCCAUUGCUUUCUUCCGCUAUUCAAAGCUCCUUGAAACCUCUGUGUCCUCCCAUAGCUACAAAAAUGUUGCUCAAAGCAUUCCCUGCUUUUGCUCUCUUGAGCGCUCCUUCUCAUAGGGAGAAUCUGGUGCAUCCCCUGUUUUCGUCCUCCUCUGUUUCGUGGCAGAGUUUGAAGCGGAAAAAUGAAAUUGGGUCCAUCGUUUGCGCUGCGUCCAAGGAGGCCAACAGUCUCCCGUUAACUGGGGUGGUGUUUGAGCCAUUUGAAGAGGUGAAGAAGGAGCUCAAUCUGGUGCCCACUCUCCCGCAUGUGUCUCUCGCUCGCCAGAAGUAUACCGAUGAUUCUGAGGCGGCGAUCAAUGAACAGAUCAAUGUGGAGUACAAUGUCUCAUACGUCUACCAUGCAAUGUUUGCUUACUUUGACAGAGACAACAUUGCUCUCAAGGGUCUUGCCAAGUUUUUUAAGGAAUCAAGUGAAGAAGAAAGAGAGCACGCUGAGAAGUUGAUGGAGUACCAGAAUAAAAGGGGUGGGAAGGUGAAGUUGCAAUCUAUAUUGAUGCCUCUUUCUGAGUUUGAUCAUGCAGAGAAAGGAGAUGCAUUGUAUGCUAUGGAGCUUGCAUUAUCACUUGAGAAAUUAACAAAUGAGAAGCUUCUGAACCUGCACAGUGUGGCUGAGAAGAACAAAGAUGUUCAGUUGUCAGAUUUCAUCGAGAGCACGUUUCUAGCUGAGCAGGUGGAAUCCAUCAAGAAAAUAUCUGAGUAUGUUUUGCUCAGCUAAGAAGAAUCGGCAAGGGACAUGGAGUCUGGCACUUCAAUCAGAUGCUACUACAUUAGGACCAAGCAGUUGUCGCUGCCUGAUGCAGCGGUCUUCGAGGGCAUUGCAUUUUGUGUUUCAGUGUCAUAGUUUAUGUUUUCGACGGCGUAGGAUUUAUGCUUAAGUAGAGUCUUAAGAUAAACUGCUGCGUGCAUGUAUGGAUGUUGGUUUUAACUUUUCAGAGCUAUCCUUUUAUGUGAUAUCGGAAGUUUUCUUA